UUUCAAACGUGUUACUUGUUGUUACACAGUAUUCCACAAUAUUUUUGUUUUGUAAAUAACAAUGGCCAAGUCUUUACGGAGCAGAUGGAAGCGAAAGUGUCGAGCUGUAAAGCGAGAAAGGUAUGCAGUAAAAGAACUGGCCAGAUUGAAGAAAAUGCUCGGCGUAAAAGAAGAGGAAAAAAUUACAGAAAGUGAGGUUAUGGAAUCUGAUCAGGUGAUAUAUCUGGACGCUGGCGAAAUUAAAAAGAAGAAACCAACCAAGAAAGUUGUGGCGGAAGAGCCUGAAGAUGUAGAAAUGAGUUCGGAUGACGAGAACGUGGAGGUCGACGCCGAAGACGGAAAGAAAAGAAUAUUCAGUACGAAAACGUUAAAAGAUCAAAAUGGACAGUAUCCGGUAUGGUUGCACAAGAGGAAAAUAGCAAAAAUCAACAAGGCCGCUAAGAAAAAUGUAAAAAGGAAGUCCAAAAAGCGUAGGCGAUGAAUUAAAUAGCAUAUAUUAUA